UCCAAGUCCCUUUCGUCGCUCGCUCCAUCACCGCCGAUAUUUGUUUUCCUUGUGCUUUACGUGUUCGUUCUUCAAUACAAACCAAACUCUCUCGUUUCGCACACAUUAUAUAUAAACAUAUCUCCACUUCGCUCUUCUCAAUCGAUCUCCAUCACCUUUAACGUUAUCUUCGCUUUUAUAUCUUUCAAAAACCUUCAAGCCCUUUUGAUUGUAAGUAUGAGGAGGAACUGCAACUUGGAACUUGCCCUUUUUCUUCCCUCUGAUUCUGGCCCCCGCCACCACCACUCAAUGGUUGAAGAAGCUAGUGAAAUAAGCCCAAUCCAAAAUUUCUUCCAUCACCACCACCGCCAGGAACAGCAACAGCAACAGCCGCUCACCAUUUUCUAUGAUGGAAAUAUUUGUGUUGCGGAUGUCACAGAGCUUCAGGCCAAAUCGAUUUUAUUGCUUGCAAAUAGAAAAUUGGAGGAAAGAGUGAGGACACCAACUGGGUCAGAGCCAUCUUCACCAGCAGUGAUGCAAUCUAACAAUCAAUUGUAUAGUCCUGGCACUGGCCUUUCCAUGAGAAAAUCGUUGCAAAGGUUCCUUCAGAAGAGAAAGAAUCGGGUCCAAGAAGCAUCGCCAUACCAUCACUAGUUGAUCAUGAAAAGGAGGAACCAAAUGAAAAUUGUUUUGCUGUAUGAAAGGAGAGUCUAUUUAGAAUUAAUUAGUUCUUUAAAUUCUUUCUUUAAUAUAUCCUUAAUUAUUAGGUUUACUAGUUCACACCUUUUUUGAAAUAUUAUUUUUGUACCAUCAUGUACUUCUUUUACAGGCUGUAAAUACUUCUUUUACAAUGCAAAACUUAAUUUAACUU